AUGGAUGUGUUUGACGAGACCUUUAAAGUCAAUUUGAGGGCUUAUGUGGAGUUAAGUCAUUUGGCGGUCCCUUAUUUGGAUGAAACCAACGGCACUAUUAUUAGCACUUCUAGUAUGCUGUCCAUGAGACCGCACACAUUCCUCAUGGCCUACGGAGCAUCUAAGGCUGGUGUAGAUUUCAUGACCAAAGUGUUGGCACUUGAAUUGGGUCCCAAAAUCCGUGUGAAUGCUGUCAAUCCGGGUCACACGCGCUCUAAUCUGAACCACAUAAUGGGUGCUCAGGCUCAGCAAGCCUUGGAAAGUCAUAUCAUUGAGUUGACACCUCUUAAACGAGUGGCCGACCCCUUAGAUGUGGCCAAAGGUGUGGUAUUCCUGGCCUCAGACGACGCCAGCUUUAUUACCGGCGCUAAUCUGGUCAUCGAUGGCGGA